CAACAACGUCCUGCUGGAGGGCAGGAAACCCGGACGGGCUGCGUGGCUCCCUGCCAGACCUUCCCUACAGCCUUGCAGGGGAGAGACGGCUCCAGGCCCGAGCAGGACAGUAAACAGCCAUAAACUUCAGGAGUAAAAUACAGGGGGAGAUAUAUACGCACUCAUAUAUUUACUGCACAGGGGAAAGUCCAGUUCAUCCUCUCUCUGCAGCCAUGGACCUCAGCGGAGCAACCACCCCAGCGUUGCUGCUGCUGUGCCUUUCCUGCCUGGUUUUGUACCUGAAUGGGAAAAGCGGGAGCAGGAAAAGUGGGAAGAUGCCCCCCGGCCCAGCCCCGCUGCCUUUCGUAGGCAACCUCUUCCAGUUAGACCCCAAAGAAAUGCACCGAUCUCUGGAAAAGGUAAGAGACAGCCUCUCUCUCUCUUUAUUUCCUCUUUAUUUCCAGGGGUAACUUAAAUGGUUGAGUUUUGUGCUUGAGCAAAACGCCAGACCUGUCAUCAUUCACGGCCAAGCCAGCGACCACAAACACCUGUGAAACCGGUUUAGCCGCCAGAGCUUCCCCCAUAGAGCCCAGGGCCUCUUGCAGGGGGUCACUCAGACUCUGCAAAACAGCCAGAGUACAAUUCGAGACAUGGAUUUUAUUCGGAGCCAGCAGUUGUGAAGUCAUGAAGACUGGGACACUCAACGUGGGAGGACUGCCUCCUGCUUUCCGUAACCACAGCCAGGCCGCUGCUCAAACUGGGGGAGAGGAGAUAGGAGAGAGCCAUCUUCAAAUAUCUGAAGGGCAGUCCUGUGGAAGGCGGGACAAGCUCAUUUUCUCCUGAUCUGGAGGGUAAGAUUCGAACCAGUGGCUUCAAGUUACAAGAAAGUAGAUUCUGACUAAAGUAAGAGCUGUUCAACCGUGGAAUGGACUCCCUUGGGAUGGGGUGGACUCUCCUUCCUUGAGGGGUCUUUAUUUAUUUAUUUUUCAAAAAAAAAUAUUGAUUUUCCAAUAAUUUUUUAAACAAACAAACAGAUAGACAAACAAACAUAAAUCAUAACCUUAUUUAAACCAACCUUAGUAACAUUGUUAAGUGACUUCCUCAUAUCCCCCUGGUUGAAUUUCAGUGUAUAUUUUUUUUAACGGUUUUCCAAAACCAAUAUUCUCCUAAAAUUAACUUAAUCACUUAACCUCUUUCUUUCUUUCUUUCUUUCCAAUUCUGCAUUUAAACAUAUUAAUUCAUCACAUUACAUAUUUAAAUCCUAAGCCUAUCUGAUAUUUGCAAGCUUUCCAAUUUAAAUUAUCUUAGCAUAUUUAGCUAAAAAGUUUUUAAAUUUCCUCCAUUCCUCCUGAUAGUCCUCCUCCUUCUGGUCACGGACUCUUCCAGUCAGAUCGGCUAGCUCCGAAAAGUCCAUCAUCUUCAUCUGCCAAUCUUCCACUGUUGGUAUUUCUUGUGUUCCUUGGAGGGCCUUUAGUAUAGGUUGAAGGGUCCCCUGUCAGGAAUGCUUUAGCUGAUAUUCCUGCAUUUCAGGGGGUUGGGCUAGAUAACCCUUGGGGUCCCUCCCAACUCUACAAUGCUAUGAUUCUUUGAUUCUGCAUGCACCCCAUUCAGUAACUACAGCCAAGCCAUGGUUCAAAAUACCAGGGGCAAGCAGAGAUGGCCCAUCUUCCCCCCCCCCAUAAUUUUUACUGAGUUUCAUACAAAUAUAACACAUACUGUAAAACAAGUAAAACAAAAAUAAAAGAACAAAUAGAGCAAAUAAAACGAAUAAAAACAGAAAAUAUAACAACAAACACAUAAACAACACAAAUUAGUUAAUUAAUUAAACUUCCAACCUCAUAAACAUAUUGCUUGACUUCCUCUAGUCCCUCCCAUCUGAAUUUCCUUGUAUCUGAAUGUAACAGUUUUCUUUCCAAUAUCAUUAUUCAAAGACAAUAUUCCAAUUAUAAUCAGAUUUCUUAACAUUCUAAAUCUCAUUUAUUUAACUAACUCCUAAUUUAAUCCUAGGCCUGUUUGGUACUUUGAGGUAACCCCUAAUUUUUAAUAUUACAAUAUUUAUUCAAAUAGUCUUUAAAUUUCUUCCAAUCUUCUUGAUAUUCCUCUUCUUUCUGGUCGCGGAUUCUUCCAUUAAGGUCAGCUGGCUCCAUAAAGUCCAUCAUCUUCAUCUGCCAUUCUUCCACAGUUGACAGAGGUCUUCCAAUUGUGGCAGAGGUGGCCCAUCUUGGCUACCAUUACCAGAAGGCGACAGGCCGGCAUAAUUUGUCUACAAUGGGGAAGGGGAGUCAAUUUGUCCCCCACCCACCUUUUCCCUCAUCAUUUGGAAAGUGAGUCAGCAUCUGGGAUUAGAUAAAAGAGGUUUGGGAAGCAUAAUCAAGCUGGGGAAAUCUUCAUUUUCAUGACUUAAACCCUGGCUAAACAGCUGACUAGCUGAUGCGUCCGGUCUGGGCAACUGUGAAACUGAUUUCCCAGUCGGACUUGACAGUCAGGGCAAUGGGGAGGCAGUGCCUGGCUGUGUGAACAGAGGUACCUGCGAAGCAGCCCCAUGGAGCCCUCCAAGUGCACCUCACAUCCCCUCUGACUUUGCAAGUUUCCCAUUCCAGCUGAUGGCUAUUGAUGGCUACUGGCCGGGAUAGCAUAGCCUCCAACAUAAGGUUACCAGAUUUUUUUCAAAGAAUUGGGGACACUUUUUUUUUUAAAAAAAGAGAAUAAUAAUAAUAAUAAUAAUAAUAAAUUAAUAAAUAAAUAAAUUAAUAAAUUUUAUUUAUACCCCGCCCUCCCCAGCCAGAGCUGGGAUCAGGGUGGCUAACACCAGUAAAAUUACAGUAAAAACAUAAUAGGGGGGGGAAACCCCAAUUUAAAAUACAGGUUAAAAUGCAAUUUAAAAUGCAGCCUCAUUUUAAAAGUAGCCCAUAGAUCAAAACCAUAAGGGGAGGGAAAUAUAAGGGUCAGACUGAGUCCAAGCCAAAGGCCAGGCGGAACAGCUCUGUCUUGCAGUCUCUGCGGAAAGAAAUCAGAUCCCUGAUCAGGGCCCUGGUCUCAAGAGACAGAGCGUUCCACCAGGCUGGAGCCAGUGUUGAAAAGGCCCUGCCCCUGAUUGAGGCUAAUCUGACUUCCUUAGGGCCCGGGACCUCUAGGGCGUUGCUAUUUAUGGACCUUAAGGUCCUCUGCGUGGCAUACCGGGAGAGGCAGUCCCAUAGGUACGUGGGUCUUAGGCCGCAUAGGGCUUUAAAGGUCAAAACCAGCAUCUUAAACCAGCAUCACCGGGAGCCAGUGCAGCUGGAAAAGCACAGGAUGAAUGAAUCCUUCGAAGACAGAGGUCCUGUGGCUGGGGCGGGACGAUAUGGGAUUGGGGGGGCAGCUCCCAUCUCUUGCGGGGGCACAAUUAGUGCCAGCACCGUCCAUUAAGAGUUUGAAUGUAAUCUUUGACACCUCCCUUUCCAUGGAGGCGCAGAUUGCAGCUGCAACAAAGGCGGCAUUUUUCCAUCUCCGCCAAGCUAAGCAGUUGGCUCCUUACCUCUCUCGCCCUGACCUAGCCACUGUGAUCCACGCGAUGGUCACCUCCAGACUGGGUUAUUGUAACUCGCUCUACGUGGGGCUGCCCUUGAGACUGACCCAGAAACUCCAGCGGGUGCAGAACACCGCAGCGGGACUCCUUACGGGGUCCUCGCUGCGAGAUCACAUUCACCCAGUGCUAUACCAGCUGCACUGGUUCCGGUGGAGUACAGGAUCAGGUUUAAGGUGCUGGUUUGAACCUUUAUAACCCUAUACGGCCUAGGACCCUCGUACCUACGGGACCGCCUCUCCUGGUAUGCCCCACAGAGAAACUUACGGUCUGCAAAUAAAAACAUCUUGAAGGUCCCAGGCCACAGAGAAGUUAGGCUGGCCUCAACUAGAGCCAGGGCUUUUUCGGCUGUGGCCCCGAUCUGGUGGAACGCUCUGUCACAAGAGACUAGGGCCCUGCGGGACUUGACAUCCUUCCGCAGGGCCUGCAAGACAGAGCUGUUCCACCAGGCCUUUGGCCAGGGCACAGCCUGACUCCCUCCCUCGGCAAUCUUCGCGGAGCUCUGGCCCAAUGGUUGCCAGUGGCUUGAAUUAAUUAAUUUUAUAAUGAAUGAUUUUAGAGUGUUGUUUGUGCUGUACUUUUGUACUGUUUUAUUGUUGUUAGCCGCCCUGAGCCCGGCUUCGGCUGGGGAGGGCGGGAUAUAAAUAAAAUUUAUUAUUAUUAUUAUUAUCCCGCGGCAAGGACCCUGUAAGGAGCCUUGCUGCGGCAAAAAAGUUAUUUUUUAAAAGUUGUUUUUUAAAAAAAUUAAGAGGUAAUAUCUUCUGUUCUGUGGUCUCCUCUGUUUUGCGGCCUUCCUCUGGGUCCCAGCCUGCUUUCUUGGAAUGCUAGCUGCCGUGGAGUAGGCUCGGGUCCGCCUGGGCUCAGCCACAUGUCCUUGCCAUCCCAGAGCUCUCUUACCUGUCCUCAGUGGCGGCAGUGGCAGUGGCGCAGCAAGGUCGAGGCUCCCCUCUUUUUUCUACUUCCUCUUUCUCUCUCUUCCUUCUCCUUGUCCUCUCCUCCUUCUCCCUGCAUCGGCUCUGGGGUUUUCCUGGCCCCAGAGUGCCACUGGGCAGUUGGCCGGGUGGCCGGGCGCUCUUGCUCCUGGCUUGAUUUGGGUUACGGGGGGGUCAGUGGUUCUCCCAGUUGAUGCGCUGGGUGUCCCCAGUUCCCCCUUGUCAGCAGCAGUCUCAUCAGCCCAUGCCAGCCUGGUAGCGCAGUUGGCUCUGGCAGGCUUCAGAAGCUGCCCGCUGCCAUGGCGCCCGCCAUUUUGCCUCACCGGAAGUCCCCAUAUCAUGUGUCUUGUGCCGUUGAACCAAUCACGCAACAUUCAUUCCCUACUAAUAAAUCUACAACACUUCAAAUAUACAUCCGGGGACAUUAAAUGAAAUCCGGGGACAUUCCGGGGACGGAUUUUGUCUGGGGACAGAUUUGUAAAUCCGGGGACUGUCCCUGGGAAACGGGGAUGUCUGGUAACCAUACUCCAACAUUUCUCUAAUGAAAGUAGGGACGUCCCAUUCCAUAAUGAUAAUCUCACUAUUUAUACCCCACACAUCUUACUGGGUUGCCCCAGCCACUCUGGGUGGCAUCACAACAACUUUCUAGUGCUGCCCAAACAGGGUGAAAUCUGGAAGAGAAGGGUGAGUCCGUUUAAUCCGAGAAGAGGUAUUACCUUGAGCAAUUAGGGUUGAGCAACAGAAGCUUCUGGGCCAAGAAAUGCGAUCUGGGCCUUUCGUUAAAGAUUAAUCCCAGGUGAGCCGGAGCUGUCAGUGUCCUUCUGUGGAGAUGGUAGGAGCAAUGAAAUUAAGAUCAAAGAACCUGAUAACUCGGAUUAUCGUUUUCGUACGUUAUGAUGGUGUGUGUUUUUUCUGUUAUUAAAGUGCAAACCGCCUUUUGAUCUUCAGAUGAAGGGUGGCAUAGGAAUUUAAUAAUGUCAUCCUUUGCAAUUCCCACCGUUGGUAUUUUGUUGCAUCGAAUUUCCCAUCGCAAUCAAGUAUCACAUCAUAGAAUCACAGAAUUGCAGAGUUGGAGUUGGGGGGGGGUCCCUUCCAGCUCUACAACUGGGGGCAGUGAUGUUUCUUUAUAUAUAUAAGUUUUUGUAUUUUACAUUUUAGACUAUUCAUUUCAACAACCUUCAAAUAUCAAUGACUUCCCCUCUUCUCCUUCCAUGGUUCAGUUUGCAUGCCAUAGAUCCCUGCAUAUUUUACAUAAACUUAGCCAUUCAAUAUUCCACUUUAACAUCCAUCAAAACUUAUUUACCCUGUUGUAUUUAUCUUCAUGCUGCCAAUGUUUUCAAAUGUACACAAUUUUCACCCAUUAAACACUUUUCAUUCUUCUUUAAACAAAUAUUCUUCUUGUUCUCUUAUUCUAUAAGUUAAGUCUGCCAGCUGCGUGCAUUCCAUCAGUUUAAGUUGCCAUUCUUCUCCUCACCCGUUUUCCAUUUUUGGGCUAACAAAACAUGAGCCGCAGUAGUAGCAUACAUAAGUAGCCUUUUUGACACCUGGGAAUUUCCAUCUGAAUUAUCCCCAACGAAAAGGACUCUGUGGGAAUGUGUUAAGGAAUACAUGAAAAAGGUCAGUGCUGGAGCUUAAAAAUUAAUAUGCAAAAGUUUAAAAGGUGCAAGGAGAUAGGAUAAUAAUAUAUUAAGGAUGGAAUAACAAAUAAAGUGAAUAAUGCAACAAUAACAAAAAUAAUAAUAGGUAAAGAAGAUUGCACACAGGUGGGGGGAAGUACUGGGCUGUGGGGGAGGAAGGUGAAGGGAUUAAUUGAAAUUGUUAAAGAUUGGUAUAGGAUUUAAGAGAUUUAAAUUUUUAUAAAGAUUCUAUAAGGAAAGCAGAAAGCAGCAUGAAAUAUCAAGUCAAGGUAUCGGAGAGGAGAUCAGUGUAAAUGAAAACAUGAGACUUAUGGUUUUGUUACAUAUGAUUUUAUUUUGGAAUUGUCUGUUUAUUUUGGAGUUGUUUGUUGUAAAGAAUGUAUAUUAUGAGAACAAAAUAAUAAAGGAUUUGGAGAGAGAGAAAAGGACUCUGGUCUUUUUGGAAAAGUACUUUUAAACAUUUUUCUCAUUUCAUUAUAAAUUAUUUCCCAAUACUCUUUUACCCUUUUACAAGUCCGCCACAUAUGAUAGAACGUACCUUCAGCCUCAUUGCAUCUCCAGCAUUUAUAUGAUUUAGUCUUAUACAUUUUAGCAAGUCUAAAGGUAAAGGUAAAGUGACCCCUGAGCAUUAGGUCCAGUCAUGGCCGACUCUGGGGUUGCGGCGCUCAUCUCGCUUUACUGGCCGAGGGAGCCGGCGUACAGCUUCCAGGUCAUGUGGCCAGCAUGACUAAGCCGCUUCUGGCGAACCAGAGCAGUGCACAGAAACGCCGUUUACCGUAUUUUUCACCCCAUAGGGCGCACCAGCCCAUAGGGCGCACCUAGUUUUUUGGGGGGGAAAUAAAGAAAAAAAAUUAUUUCCCCCCCAGGCGCGGGCCGCCAGAACAGGCUGCUAUCCACAACUUCGCGCAGCUCUCCCACGGCUUGCGGAGAGCUGCGCGAAGCCUGGAGAGUGAGAGGGGUCAGUGCACACCGACCCCUCUCGCUCUCCAGGCUUCAGCGAAAGCCUGCAUUCGCCCCAUAGGACGCACACACAUUUCCCCUUCAUUUUUGGAGGGGAAAAAGAGUGUCCUAUAGGGCGAAAAAUACGGUACCUUCCCGCCGGAGCGGUACCUAUUUAUCUACUUGCACUUUGACGUGCUUUCGAACUGCUAGGUUGGCAGGAGCAGGGAUCGAGCAACGGGAGCUCACCCCGUUUCGAACCGCCGACCUUCUGAUCGGCAAGUCCUAGGCUCAGUGGUAUAACCCACAGCGCCUGGGAGUUAAAUAACAUCUGUAAAUCAUUUUCAGGCAGCGAUGCUUCUGAACCCCAGUUGCUGGAAACUACAGGUAGAGAGAGGGGUCUGCCGCUCAAAUCCUGCUUGUGUAAUGGGCAUCCGGUUGGUCACUAUGAGAACAGGAUCCUGGACCCGGUGGGCCAUUGGCCUGAUCCAGGAGCCAGGCUCUUACGUUCCUAUGGUUCUGUGAUUCAACUCCUGUACCCUGUCCUUCCCUUUUGCAGCUCAGCGAGAGCUAUGGCCCCAUCUACACCAUCCACUUGGGGUCACUGCCUUGCGUGGUCCUCUGCGGAUACCAGGCAGUCAAGGAGGCCCUGGUGGACCAGGCGGAUGACUUCAGCGGCCGUGGUGACUUCCCAGUCUUCUAUCGCUUCACCAGGGGCAAUGGUAAGAAGACGGCCCCCACCCCAAAGGUCAGCUAGCAAAGGAGGCCAGAGGGGUAGACUUAAAGACAGCAACGAGAUAGAGUUAAAAGGGAUGUCUAGGACCAAGCUCAGCACAGGAUCUGCAAGAUAGGAUCUGGCCAUCCCAGUAUCUCCAAAAUAUCUCCCUCCACCCUCAGCUGAAAUAUCUCCAGGGAGGGUCAGCCCCGGACCUCUGCCACACCCCCACACCCCAGGAGACCUCUGUCUGGCUCUCAAACAACUCUUACCAGAAGGACGUGAAAGAGGAGUCAACUCCAGGGUGUUUAUCAAUGACUGGGGGACACCUGGCUUGUGGAAAGGAUCUCAGGGUCUUGGUGGACCACAAGCUAAACACGAGUCCCCAGUGUGAUGCAGCAACAACAAAAAAGCUACUGCUGUUCUAGGCUGCAUCAACAGAAGUCUAGUGUCCAUAUCAAGGGAAGUGAUAGUAUUGCUCUCUUCUGCCUUGGUCAGACCACACCUGGAAUGCUGUGUCCACUUUUGGACACUACAAUUUAAGGAGGAUUUUGACGAGCAGGAAGGUGUGCAGAGGAGGGCAACUGAGAUGGUCAAGGGUCUUGGGAAUGAAGCCUGAUGAGGAACGGUUGAGGGAGCUGGGUAGGAUUAGCCUGGAAAAGAGGAGACUGAGAGGAGAUAAGAUAGCCACCUUCAAAUAUCUUCAGGGCUGUCACAUGGAAGAGGGGGCAAGCUUGUUUUCUCCUGCUCUGGAGGGUAGGACUCGAACCCACGGCUUCAAGUUACAGGAAUGAAGAUUUUGACUAAACACCAGGGAAAACUUGGCUUCUCGUAGCGAGGGAACUACCAGAAGGCCCUUGGCGCUGGACCUCAGCUUCCUGGCAGAACGAUGGGGGUGGAGAUGCUCCUUCAGGUAUACUGGGCUGAGGCCUUCCAACACUACGAUUCUACUAUUCCAGAGGUUGCUGAACUACAUCUCCCAGCAACCCACACAGUCAAGGGGGAGAAGGGGAGUUGUAGUUCAUCAAUUAGCCACCCCUGGCUUUCAUGACCUCCCAAGCCACCUCCUCACCUUGACUUCCAGAGGGGCUGCCCCUCAGGAAGGUCUUGGGGUGUCCCCUUGGAGCGGAAGGGAGGAAAUCAGCUUUGGGCAGGGAGACCAAGCACCCAGCCCCCCCUCCAAGCUCCCCUCGACCCACAGCUCCCCAUGACUCCUACAGGCAUCGCCUUCUCCAACGGGGAGAAGUGGAAGGUCCUUCGCCGCUUCGCUCUGCAGACCCUGAAGAACUUUGGAAUGGGAACGAGCAGCAUUGAAGGCCGGAUCCAGGAGGAGGCCCAGUUCCUGGUCCAGGAGUUCAAGAAAACUGGUGGUGAGUCCUUGCUUGGUGGGCAGGAGAGGAUUUCAGAAGAGGAGGUGGCUACUAACCAGGACGGCUUUGCUCUGCCUCCUCCACGGUUGAAGAUAUGGAUGCCGGACUAGAUGGGCUCCCUUUGGCCUGAUCCAGCCACCAGGUUCUUCUGGUAUUCUUAGGAUCACUCUACGGCAAGGGAAGCUACACUUGCCUCCCCUUUCCCCAUUUUUCAGAGCAGUGAUUUGAGGUGCAGGCCAGUGUGGUGUAGUGGUUAGAGCGGUGGACUCGUAAUCUGGUGAACUGGGUUCGCGUCUCCGCUCCUCCACAUGCAGCUGCUGGGUGACCUUGGGCUAGUCUCACUUCACUGAAGUCUCUCAGCCUCACUCACCUCACAGAAUGUUUGUUGUGGGGGAGGAAGGGAAAGGAGAUUGUUAGCCGCUUUGAGACUCCUUCAGGUAGUGAUAAAGCGGGAUAUCAAAUCCAAUCUCUUCUUCUUCUUCUUCUUCUUCUUCUUCUUCUUCUUCUUCUUCUUCUUCUUCUCCUCACCUGGCAAUAGAUGCAGGAAGGGUGCAGGCAGGGCUAAGCCUAUUUUAGAUGCAGAGAGACCCCCCUCAAAGGGCAGGGCUGGUCCCAGGAUUGGUCACACCACAUGGCCCAGGGGUGCACUCAGGAGGUAGGGUGGAGCUGUGGGCGAGGACCUCUUUAUCUGCUCGCUUUGAGGUCCCCCAAGGAAGGAACCCCUCUGACCCCCUCAAGGUCUCCUCGUCCUCUUGGAAAUUAAAAAGCUAAUAAAAACAUUACAUAAUAAAAGAGCAGAAUCAUAUUUAUUAGGAAUUUUGAAUGGAGACAUCCCGAAUGACAAAAUUAAUAUUUUCUUGUACGCGACCACAGCAGCGAAAAUGUUGAUAGCCAAUAAUUGGAAAGGAAAUUAUGUUCCAACCAAAGAAUGGUUGAAUAAAUUAUGCAAAUACUUGGAAUUAGCAAAGUUGACCGAUUCGAUAAGACAAAAACCAAAAAAUAUAAUCCAGAAACAAUGGAAAUGUCUAAAUGAUUAUUUAUGUAGACAAGGAUUAAAGGUAAGGUAUUGGUUGUGUUUAGAAUAGAUUUAUGAAAGAUUUAGAAAACUUAUUGAUUAGAAUAUUUGUGUGAGAUUGUAUGGGGAAAAUACGGAAUAACAAAUAAAAUCUUGCUUAAAAUAUAUAUAGGAAGUGCAGUGUAAGUGAUGGAAGUCAAUAAAUGAAAUUUUAUUAUUAUUUUCAUAUUGAGAUAUUUGUAAAAUAAAUUUGGAAGAAAUUCUUCCAACUUUUCUUCUGCUUUUCUCUUUAUUUCUUCUUCUUUUUUCUUUUCUUCUUCUUUUCCCUUUUGUUCCUUUUUUCAUAUAUAUGUGCUUAUUUGAAAUACCAUAUAUUUUGCUCCAUAAGACGCACUUUUUUCUUCCUAAAAAGUAAGGGGAAAUGUCUGUGCCUCUUAUGGAGCGAAUGCGUGGUCCCUGGAACCGAAUUGCCAUGGGGCAAAAAGCAGAUCAUGGUUUUUUGGUGUGUGUUUUUUUGAAAGAGGGAAGUGGGUGUUGAAACAAAGCUGCUGAUCGUUUGCCAAUCAGGGAGAGAGAUAAGGGACGCUAGAGAUAAAGGAGGCUGCCUGGGAGGGGGCUGCAAUGGCGCAAAAAUGUGGUUACAAAGCACGUAUCCUCAGGAUCCUCAGGAUUUUUGCAUUGGGUCACCCCAAAUUCACCAUUAGAUCACAUGUCUGUGGCCACAGCAUGAACCACAAAAAUCAUACAUCCACUGUUUCGUUCAGAAUAUUUUUUUUUCUUGUUUCCCUCCUCUAAAAACUAGGUGUGUCUUAUGGUCAGGUGCGUUUUAUGGAGCGAAAAAUACGGUGUGUGUGUGUGUGUGUGUGUGUGUGUAUGUAUUCGCAAUAUUUUGCUUAUAUUUUGUAAAUAUAAGGACUCCUCUUCCUCUUCCUCUCUCCGCACAGGGGCUCCCUUCAACCCCAUCAACCCCGUUUGCCGAGCCGUCUCCAACGUCAUCUGCGCCGUGGUGUUUGGCCAGCGCUACGACUACCAAGACGCCAACUUCCUCACCCUCCUGGACCACUUCAAUGAGAACUUCAAGAUCAUGAGCUCCAUCUGGGGGGAGGUGAGGAGGGGCCUGGGAAGAGGGUGGGUCCCAGCAUCGGAGGAGACCCACUGGCUGCUCUCCACCCCUUUGGGGCUAAAACUCACAGAAACGUGGAGCUGGAAGGGACAACAAGAGUCAUCUAGUCCAACCCUCUGCAAGCCAGGAAAUCCAACUAGGGAAUAACCCCCACACUGAACAAAUUUGAAUCAGGUCAUUCAGGGUCUCUUUUCCCCACCUGACUCCAAAGGAAAAUUGAUGUUGGGUGAAAAUGACUGUCACUUCCAAGGUUCCAACAAAUUGCCUCUGUAAGAGUGAGGCAGCUCCCAUUGGGGUUAUUAUUAUUUACCUAUAUUUAUUUAUAACAUGAAAGGGACACGGGUGGCACUGUGGGUUAAACCACAGAGCUUAGGGCUUGCCGAUCAGAAGGUCGGCGGUUUGAAUCCCCACGACGGAGUGAGCUCCCGUUGCUCGGUCCCUGCUCCUGCCAACCUAGCAGUUCAAAAGCACGUCAAAGUGCAAGUAGAUAAAUAGGUACCACUCCAGCGGGAAGGUAAACGGCAUUUCCGUGCGCUUCUGUGGUUCGCCAGAAGCGGCUUAGUCAUGCUGGCCACAUGACCCGGAAGCUGUACGCCGGCUCCCUCGGCCAAUAAAGCGAAAUGAGCGCCACAACCCCAGAGUCGGCCACCUUUUUAUUUAUAAGAUGACACAGUAUGAUAACAAAUGUCACAUCAAAUAAAAGUAGGAUCAUAGAAUCAUAAAAUUGAGAGGCAGGGCAUAAAUAAUAAUAAUAACAAUAAUACAGUGGUACCUCGGGUUAAGUACUUAAUUCGUUCUGGAGGUCCGUUCUUAACCUGAAACUGUUCUUAACCUGAAGCACCACUUUAGCUAAUGGGGCCUCCUGCUGCCGCCGUGCUGCCGGAGCACGAUUUCUGGUCUCAUCCUGAAGCAAAGUUCUUAACCUGAAGCACUAUUUCUGGGUUAGCGGAGUGUGUAACCUGAAGCGUAUGUAACCUGAAGCGUAUGUAACCCAAGGUACCACUGUAAUAAUAAUAAUAAUAAUAAUAAUAAUAAUAAUAAUUUUAUUAUUAUUACCUCUCCUUCUCCCCAUUUCCCCAGCUCUACAACAUCUUCCCCAGCCUCAUGGACGUCCUGCCGGGGCCCCAUCACCAAAUCUUCCGCAACUUUGAGAAACUGCGUCAGUUUAUCGCAGAGCGCAUUCGGUGCCACCAAAAGGAUCUGGACCCUGACGCCCCGCGGGACUUCAUCGACUGCUUCCUCAUCCGCAUGGAGCAGGUACCUCCAAGGAGGGGGCUCCAGCUGCCCCCAGGACACCCACCCACCCCAGCACCCAAAGGCCUUCAGCCGCCACCAGCCAUCACCCCUGCUGUUCAAUUUGUUUGGGGUAAAACCCCUGCCCUGAGGUCUCCAGUAGGCUAUCAGCGCCUUGUCUACUAUUCAUUUAUUUGAUUCAUAAAAUUUAGGCACACCUUGUUUUGAAACAGGAACCAAGCAAGCUUCCAAGUGGUUUACAAAAAAAUUAAAAAAAUUGAAUUAUUACCGUAUUUUUCCAUCUAUAAGACGCCCCCAUGUAUAAGACCCGCCCCCCUAUUUUGGCAGACUCCAGUUUAAGAAAAUGGGGGGGAAUCUAUCUGUGUAUAAGAUGCCCCCAAAUUUUGGACAUUAUUUUUUAGGGGGAAAACCUAGCCUUAUACACGAGAAAAUACGUUAGUUUUAUAAAAUCAAUAGCAAUAGUUUAAGACAUUGUAAAAGUUAAAAUAGCAAUGGAUCGGAUUUCUAAACAUUUGGGUAAAAGGUAAAGGUAAAAGGGCCAUUAAGUCCAGUCGUGGCCGACUCUGGGGUUGCGGCACUCAUCUCGCUUUAUUGGCCGAGGGAGCCGGCGUACAGCUUCCAGGGUCAGGGUGGCCAGCAUGACUAAGCCGCUUCUGGCGAACCAGAGCAGCGCACAGAAAUGCCGUUUACCUUCCCGCCGGAGCGCUACCUAUUUAUCUACUUGCACUUUGACGUGCUUUCAAACUGCUAGGUUGGCAGGAGCAGGGAUCGAGCAAUGGGAGCUCACCCCGUUGCAGGGAUUCGAACCACCGACCUUCUGAUUGGCAAGUCCUAGGCUCUGUGGUUUAACCCACAGCGCCACCCGCGUCCCUCUAAACAUCUGGGUAAGGUUUGCCUAAACAAGCGCAGAGAAGGUGCCUGCCUGGUGUCAAUCGGCAGGGAGUUCCAAAGUUCAGGUGCUGCCACACUAAAAGACCGAUUUCUUGCAGCUGCAGAACAGGAGUUACGUGGCUCCCGUAGUCACGCCAGGUCCGCCAAUCAAAGUGGUCAAGUGGGCAUAUAGAAUCAGAGAACUGAAGAAUUGGAGGCGGCUGCAAUAUCACAAGGGAGGGGGGAGCCAAGCUUUCCCCCGCAGGAGAACACAAUCCGCAAUCCAUCCUUGCGCAUGCGGCCUCCCCUCUGCUCUCUUUCAGGAGAAGCAAGAUCCUCUGAGCUACUUCCACACGGAGACGCUGGUGAUGACCACCCACAACCUGUUUUUCGGGGGCACCGAAACCACCAGCACCACCCUGCGCUACAGCUUCCUCAUCCUCAUGAAGCACCCCGAAGUGGCAGGUGAGGGGAGGGAGCUGCAACCCCCACAUUGCGGGGGGUAGGGGGGGACUGGAUGACCAUUUUGGGCCCUCCCAACGCGCCAUGCUGCUGGGCUGCGUCUGGGCGGCGGCCACCUCGGAGGCAGGAACAGCAGGGAUGUGUGGAGGGGCCCGGGGCCCACCUUGACCUGCGGACCUCCUGCAUGGAGCUCCCCACUGUCCUCCCGGGGCUCUGGCGCUUCCUUCCGCUGCCGGCCCCCCUCUGCCGUCUCCCGGGCGGCGCGUCCCAGGGCUGGCUCCGGCGUGUCCCGUUGCAGGCGUGGCGGCUUUUUGGAGCGGCGCAUGUCGGCCGUUGGUCGUGGCGGCAACUCCCGUUGGCUUGUCAUGAUCACGUAGAAGUGCAACCUGGGAGGAAGGGAACAGUUGCCGUUGCAGCUGAUUGCCUAUCUCACUCACCAACAGGCCCACAGUGUGGCCUCUUGCAGAUAGACAGUAAUUGUACCGCUCUCCACUUCACGUGUCCAUUAAGUAUCUGGUCAACCCGUGGUCUAGACUGGUUCCCUGCAGCCCAAACUUAAGGUCCACCAAUGACAACAUUUUGGAGGUCCCAGGUCGCAAGGUGGUUUGAUUGGUCUCAACUAGGGCCAGGGCCUUUUCAGUACUGGCCCCGACUUGGUGGAACGCUCUGUCACAAGAGACUAGGGCCCUGCGGGACUUGACAUCUUUCCGCAGGGCCUGCAAGACAGAGCUGUUCCGCCUGGCCUUUGGUUUGGACUCAGGCUGACCCUUAUGUUUCCCUCCCCUUAUGGUCUUGAUUUAUUGGCUAUUUUUAAAAUGAGGCUGCAUUUUAAACUGCAUUUUAACCUGUGUUUUAAAUUGGUCCCCUAUUAUGUUUUUACUGUGAUUUUAUUGGUGUUAGCCGCCCUGAGCCCGGCUCUGGCUGGGGAGGGCGGGGUAUAAAUAAAAUUUAUUAUUAUUAUUAUUAUACAAUGCUUCAAAAGGAAAGCCGGCAGAAGGCAGGUGACAGGCGGCUGGGCACGCAGGACACCUGCUUGGCAUGCAGAAGGUCCUGACAGCUGCAGUACCUGGCAGCAUCUAAGAGGAGGGAGGGGGGACCAGGUGCCCUCCUAAUGUUGCAGGACUACAGUUCCCAGUGGGGUUAGCGGUCAGGGGCGAGGGGAGUUUCCCGCAUUGGUGUGAUUGUGAGUUCAAGCACUGGGUUCAAGAACCAUUGCCUCCUCCUCCUGUCCAUCUCCCUGCAGCUCGAGUCCACCAGGAGAUUGACCACGUGAUCGGGCCGGACCGCCCCCCCUGCCUGGAUGACCGCAAGCACAUGCCCUACACGGAGGCCGUCCUCUACGAGAUCCAGCGCUACAUCAGCAUCCUGCCCAUGGGGCUCCCUCGCGCCGUCACCCGCGACACCCCCUUCAGGGGCUUCCUGCUGCCCAAGGUCAGAAGAAGAAAAACCCCAGCGCAGUUUCCUUUACUGCAAAGAGGGUGCACCUGGGAGGCCCUCCUGGUGUUGCUGGAUCAUAGCUGUCAACCGUCCCUUAUUUGGCGGGAAAGUCCCUUAUCCCAGCGCCAUGUCCCGCUGCUGUCCCGGAUUGAUGAUGUCCCUUAAAUUUCCCGGGUUUCAAAGGAAGCAGCUCCUCUCCCUCCCUCCCUGCCGGCCAACUGUGUUGCUUGGCUGCGUUGCUCACCCAAUAAAGAGUCUAAGAACUAGGUGCGUCUUAUGGUCAGGUGUGUCUUAUGGAGCGAAAAAUACGGUAAUUUGGAUCUACCCUUUAUGAGGGAAACCUGGUCAGUAAAACCAAAACUUGCCCAUGACCUGACCUCCCAAAUGUUGAGACUGCUGUCUCUCCAGCGGCGCUCAGAAUUUCCCGUGUCUCUUUCCCUCUUCCUUCCGCAACCCUAACAACUCCCGUUCUCUCUCCCUGCCAAAUCUCACCGCAGGGCACCAACGUGAUUCCUCUCCUGAGCUCAGUGCACUAUGACCCAACACGGUUCAAGGACCCCACAGGCUUCAACCCAGCCAAUUUCCUGGAUGAAAACGGCGCUUUCAAAAGCAGCGACGCCUUCAUGCCUUUUGCCCCAGGUAGGGAAGCAGAAGAGGGAGGGAAGGCUGUUCAGAGGAGGUAUGGUACCCAGAAAGGUCCCGGGGUGGGUUGCAAAAAUUAAAACAAGUAGUUUGGAUCGAUACCGUUGCUUCCUUAAUCAGCUGUAAGACAAGGGAGGUGUCACGAUGCUCAAGAAAUAGAGCAGUCAGUUGGUCUGCUGUGUUUGUGUUACAUAAAUACAACAUCCAUAAAGUUGUUUUUUUUAGUUUUUUUUAAUAUUUAAAAUUUUUAUUGAGAUAAUUCAACGUUAAUACAUAUUACAGAUAUACAAACAAACAUACAUUUCAUACAAUCCUUAAACAUAUGCAAACAUACCCAUAUUUAAUCCCGCACAUACUUCCUUUUCCCACCACCGUCCCUCACACCACCCUGUGCUAGACUUCCAAUCUACUCAAUUGCAAUUUAUUUCCAUUUCUAUUACUUUCUUUCACACACUAUUAAACCAACUUACUUCUUUUUCCAAUCUUCUUCCACCGACUCUUCCCCCUGGUCUCGGAUUCUGCCAGUCAUUUCUGCCAAUUCCAUAUAGUCCAUCACCUUCAUCUGCCAUUCUUCCAAAGUGGGUAGAUCUUGUGUCUUCCAAUACUUUGCAAUGAGUAUUCUUGCUGCUGUUGUAGCAUACAUAAAAAAAGUUCUGUCCUUCUUUGGCACCAAUUGGCCGACAAUGCCCAGAAGAAAGGCCUUUGGUUUCUUCAAGAAGGUAUAUUUAUAUUUAAAUACCUUUUUCAGUUCAUUAUAUAUCAUUUCCCAGAAAGCCUUAAUCCUUGGGCACGUCCACCAAAGGUGAAAGAAUGUGCCUUCAGUUUCUUUACAUUUCCAGCAUUUAUUAUCGGGCAAAUGAUAGAUUUUUGCAAGCUUGACUGGGGUCAUGUACCACCUGUAUAUCAUUUUCAUAAUAUUCUCUCUUAGGGCAUUACAUGCCGUAAACUUCAUACCUGUGGUCCAUAACUGUUCCCAGUCAGCAAACAUAAUAUUAUGUCCAACAUCUUGUGCCCAUUUAAUCAUAGCAGAUUUCACCGUUUCAUCCUGAGUAUUCCAUUUCAACAGCAAGUUAUACAUCUUUGACAAAAUCUUAGUUUUGGGUUCUAACAGUUCUGUUUAUAGUUUUGAUUUUUCCACCUGGAAAUCGAUUUUCUUAUCCAAAUUAUAUGCCUCCAUUAUCUGAUAAUAAUGAAGCCAAUCUCUCACUUUAUUUUUCUGCAUAGUCCAUUAGUUUCAUCCUCCAUUCUUCCAUCGUCGGUAAUUCUUCUUGUUUCCAUUUUUGUGCCAAUAAUAUUCUUGCUGCCGUUGUUGCAUAUAAAAACAACUUACAUUCUUUUCUAUUUAUAUCGCUUCCCAGUAUUGUGCGGAUUCUAAACCCUGUUCUUUGCUCCUCGCCUGCAGGGAAGCGCAUUUGCCUGGGGGCCGGCCUGGCCCGGAUGGAGAUCUUCCUCUUCCUCACCACCAUCCUCCAGCACUUCAGUCUCCACCCCACGGUCCCCCCUGCGAAGAUCGACCUGACGCCCCAAUGCACCGGCCUGGGCAAUGUGCCCCGCCCCUUCGAAUUCAGGCUCCUCCCUCGCUAGCUGGAGGUGGGACACACACAUAGAUAGCUUCCUUCACCUGGCACAGUACCAGAGAGAGAUGCUCAGCACUGGCGCUGGACCCACAACCAGGCAUGGGGCUGCACUGACCCCCCAACAAACAGCUGGGUCGUCACGCAUCCCUAUUCUGCACCUUGUACAGGUGAAACUCGGAAAACUAGAAUAUCGUGGAAAAGUUCAUUUAUUUCAGUAAUUCAACUUAAAAGGUGAAACUAAUAUAUGAGCUGAUGACAUGGCUCCCCAAAUCUCUUUGACACCAGCUGAUGACAUGGCUCCUCUUUUUUGAUGAGAGCAGCUUUUGCAUCUCAUUUGGAAACCAAGGCCCCAGAGUCUGGAGGAAGAAUGGGGAGGCACACAAUGCCAGAUGCUUGAAGUCCAGUGUGAAAUUUCCACAGUCUGUGUUGAUUUGGGGAGCCAUGUCAUCAGCUGGUGUUGGUCCACUGUGCUUCUUUAAGUCCAGGGUCAACAUAGCCGUCUACCAGGAGAUUUUGGAGCACUUCAUGCUUCCUUCUGCAUAUGAGCUUUAUGGGGAUGCUGACUUCAUUUUCCAGCAGGACUUUGGCACCUGCCCACACUGCCAAAAGUACCAAAACCUGGUUCAAUGCCCAUGGGAUUACUGUGCUUGAUUGGCCAGCAAACUCGUCUGACUUGAACCCUGACCUGACCUGAACCCCAUAGAGAAUCUAUGGGGCAUUGCCAAGAGAAAGAUGAGAGACAUGAGACCAAGCAAUGCAGAAGAGCUGAAGGCUGCUAUUGAAGCAUCCUGGUCUUCCAUAACACCUCAGCAGUGCCACAGGCUGAUAGCAUCCAUGCCACGCCGCAUUGAGGCAGUAAUUGAUGCAAAAGGGGCCCAAACCAAGCACUGAGUACAUAUGCAUGCUUCUACUUCUCAGAGGUCCAAUACUGGUCUAUUUGCAAUCCUUGUUUUGCUGAUUUCAUUUAAUAGUCUAAUUUUCUGAGAUUGUUAAUUUGGGGUUGUCAUCGGUUGUACGCCAUGAUCAUCACAAUUAUAACAAAUAAAGGCUUGACAUAUCUCGCUUUGCAUGUCAUGAAUCUAUCUCAUAUAUUAGUUUCACCUUUUAAGUUGAAUUACUGAAAUAAAUGAACUUUUCCACGAUAUUCUAAUUUUCCAAGUUUCACCUGUACAUAUUAUUAACAUGUGUGCACAAUUCCUCUUUCUUUACAUAAUUUGCUCCACAUUUGUUCUGCCUUUCUAUCCUCAACCUUUUUGCAGUUUCCACAGGUGUCGCUCAGAUGCUUUAAAGCAGCCCAUUUCCAAAUAUUUUUGGGCCACCCGCACCCCGGCUCCGUAAACUCAUCCCCAGCGCCUCCUGCCCUAUUAAAAACACUGUUUGGACUAGCUGCUCUCAGCACGACCUGCCGAGAAAUAAAUUUCAAAGCAGUAACAACAAAUCGCACAUCUAUUCAAAAUCCAGUUGGAGGUACCAAGUUUCAUGAAUUCAGCCGCAUGAAUGAACUUGGAUCCAGGGAUACCAACUUAACUUAGGGCUGGCUUACGUCCGCAAUGUCCGGGACAUUUCCAGGAUUCUGCGUUUGGGCAGGAAUCGCUUUAAUGCCCGGGCUCUUUGGAAGAGUCAUCGACACGAGGAUUUGCUGCCACCUAGCGCUGAUGCAAUUAAUUGCACUCACUCAUGCACAAACCAAAAUAUUUAAUAAAAAAGUUGCUUCUUUCCCAUUAGGGGCACCUUUUUAAACGACUCAAAA